AUGUCGACAUCCACAGAUCCGACUGUACCGCUCCCGACCGAGACAGAGAAAGACCGCAAGGACAGGGACGAUGAUGACGACGACGACUCUUCGCAAACCUCUCUUCCUUCUUCAACCUCGACGCAAGCCUCUGCUUCAGCGCCCGCAGUUUUAGAAUCUGGAAAUGGCGGUCUGGGCGUUGGCGCGAGCGCUGGUAUCGGCGCAGCAGUCGCCGUUGCUGUCAUACUACUUCUACUGGGCGGCUGGUUUUGCGUGCGUCGAAGACGAGCUGGAAUACGCCGGAAGAGCACCCUGUCACAAAGUUCGUACGACUUGGAGAAUGCGACGAAGGGGAGCGAAUGUGGAGCCCUCGGGCCAGCGGAGAUGGAGGCUGGGUGUAAUAGCGAGAAGAGCGCUUCUGAACUCGCCAGUCCUGUUGUUCCCGUGGAGGCCGUUGGCGAUCGUCGACUCUUUGCUGCAGAAUUACCAGGUUCCGAAGUCCUUCCAAACGACGAAAAGAAAGGCACUGGGGAGCGGCUCUUCCCGGACUCGCCAAUCGAUGGCGAAGACGACCGGUACCACGUCGAUUCGAAGAGUAUCGAGGAUAAGCAAGCGUCGUGUUGA